AUGUCCAGCGCAUCUGCAAGGCAUUCAGUGGUGUCGUUACUAUCGUCGAAAGAAAGUAGUGGUAAUCGUGUUGAGACUCGGUUGGUUGAUGAAGGUGCUAUGCUACCCUCAUCGAGCUCCAAAGAUGACGAUAUUCUAAGUGAAAGUAGUGAUGACGUAGAAGCGCUUGCAAUGCAGACUCUCGACAAUAUUAGUGAACAGGUUUGA